AUGUGCGACCUCGUGAUAUGCAAACUCAGUCACUGCAGCGCUUCGGUCGCCGGAGGCAUGGAGAUGGUGUUGCUCUGCGAAAAAGUCACGAAGGAGGACAUCCAGGUGAGGUUCUUCGAGGAAAAGGACGAUCACAUCCUCUGGGAGGCACUGGGGGAUUUCCAGCCGACGCAGGUUCACAAACAGGUGGCGAUAUCCUUCCGGACGCCGAGCUACAGGACCCAACAGGUCGACCAGCCAGUCCAGGUGUUCAUCCAGCUGCGACGGCCAUCGGACAACGCGACGAGCGAGCCCCUGCCCUUCCAGCUCCUGCCGUUGGGAUUAGAUGAUCCCGAUGCGUUAAAGCGAAAAAGACAGAAAUUCAAUAACAGCCCAAAUGCGUAUCUAUUGAAACACAUGCAACACGAGGCUGAAAAACAGCCUGGACGAGGAUACAAGUUCCCACAGUACAAUAUCGUUAAAACUGAGCCCACGGAUGGACGAUCGCCGUACGGUGGAGCUCAGAUGCCGGCUACACCCUCGCUUCAGAUGUUUAACGUUGAAAACCCACCAAAUAUGGGGUUUCUGCCGAUACAUUCGCCAAGUUGUACCCAAUCCCCCCCGGAAUACUCCAUGUACGACAUUUCUCCUGCACAGCAGCAACCACGAAAUAUAUUGCAGCCAGUCAACGUACCGCAGGGCUCACCAUCUCCCAUGUACACACCGUAUUCUUCUACAAUUAAUCAACUAGACAAUAAUUUCCAGCCUUUUAGUUCGAAUGAUGCAGAGAGCAGUAUUGAAACCGCAAUUAAAAGUGUGUUGAAUACCGGCAUUGAUAACCAACAUCCGUCACAAUUCGAUUUAAACUUUUCGCCAUUCGACAAUGGUGACCUGAAUAGUCCCAGUAUCUCUGACAUUGUGAAGGAAGCAGAAGGAAUGAAUGGAGAACAAGCAGCUGGUACUGGUAAUGACAUAGGUGCUCUUGACAGUUUUACCAAAAUGUGUAUACUCAAUGACUUUUACAAAUCAUCUGGUAACAACUGAAGACUGGAAAUAAAUGAAAGCAAGUAAAAAAUAUUAAGUUGAAAAAUAAUUGUAAGCAAGUACGCUCGAAUAGCGUAAAAAUCUAAGGACUACCGUGCAAAUAUGUGAAUUCCUCGUUUUUGGCUAUGUGAUGCUCAAAAAUCAAAUUUUAUGAAAUUUCGGCUGGUAAUCGAAAACUUUUUCGACGAGGAAUAUUAAUUUAAUGACACAGUGAGGUGUCUUAAACGAAGGUUAUGAAUAAAAAAAGUCUUGCGUAUUAGGAGCAUCUAAUCUUAUGAAUGGCAUGAAUUCAGUUCACUGUUUCACUGACAGUUCACUGUUUCAUCAAGAUCUGAAAGCUUCUGACGUAAAACGGACAAGGCAAGCAACAUUUGCUUGGUUUCUACAAGAAUUUUGUCACUUUUAUAAUCUGUUGAGAUUUAUUACUGAAUCUUAAACUCAUGCUUUUACAUUAUAUCGAUUUAUAUAGCAUAUCGUAAAUUCGCGUCAUCGUCGUGUUUACAUAAAUCUUUUCGUGAUGUUUAAGUCUUUUUUUUUUUUUUUUUUUUU